AUUUGGCUCAUAACCAAACUAGUCUUCACAUUCUUUACUCGUAUUCCUUCAACAAAAAAUCUGCUGAUUAGUUUCUGCUGAAUUAGAUACAUCAACAUUAAAGUGACAAUGGCUAUUCGUUUGCUUGGUUUUCUGGCUAAACAAAGCCUCCGGCGGCCUGUUUCAUGCGCCAAUAAAGCAGCUUCAAAGUCUUCAGAUGUUCCAAAAGGUUUCCUAGCAGUUUACGUUGGGGAAACUGAGAAGAAGCGAUUUGUGGUUCCAGUAUCAUAUUUGAACCAGGCUUCAUUUCAAGAUUUGCUAAGUAAAGCUGAAGAGGAGUUUGGUUUUGAUCAUCCAAUGGGUGGAUUGACUAUUCCCUGUGCGGAAGAUACUUUCCUUGAUGUAACUUCUAGCUUGAGUAGAUUAUAAGGGAUAAUUUAACUGAUCACACGGAACAAUUUUGCAUGGCAGGAAUUGCCGAUUGGGUGUAAAUAAUUUUUUUUACUAAAUCUUGCGAAAUGAGAAAUAUAUUUUAUACCGAA